GAGAGCUAUGGGCAUAGAAAAGAGGCUUGGAGGGACCGAGGCAAGUGAUAAGCAAGCGGAGAGUGCGGGGUGCGCAGCUGGAGACAAGUCACUAGAAGUUAAAAUAACGGGACAAAGUGAAGAGAGGAUGUAACCCCCCUCCCUCGGAUCCUACCAUCCAGCCAUUAACCAUUCCACUGCCACACACCACCCAACUGUUCUAUUUAGCCAGCUUUCACCAAAGAACUCAAGCCCGUGAACCAGAUGACCCAACUUCUGUUUCUGACCCACAAGGCAUUGCUGCUUUAACCUCUUCACUGCCACAGUUCUGCAAAGCAGCAUUCUUUUGAAGCCUCUCCUACCCUGCAAAGCGAUGUUGUGCCUGAACAUGUGGGCACCGAAGCUGAGAGAGAGCUGAAAGCUCCCCACCCCUCAGCUUUUUGCACCCUCUCUCUCUCCCACUGCAGCCUUAGUCCCCAGAGUGACAGCAAACGGGGUGCUCAACAUGGCCUUCCUGGGGCAGCUCUGCCUAUGGGUUUGGGGUCUUUCUGUGGCACUGGGGCAGGAGGGUGAUGGUUGGGGACAGAUGAUCCAGUGGGAAGAGAGUGGGAGGCGCUAUCGGCUACUAAAUUCAGGCUCUGAGUACCAGGCAGCAGGGGGAGGCACAGGUGGAUCUCGAGUCCUGCUGGAUGGGAGCCGUAGUGGAGGUUCAGACCUCCGACGCCGUCAAGCACCUAGUUCUCCACGCACUAGCUCCCAAACCAUCAGGGGGAAUACCAGACACCCAUUUGGCUUCGGCCAAGUGCCCGACAACUGGCGCAGCGUAAGUGAAUCAGCAAGCACUGGGCGCAUUGUCCCUUCCGCAGGGGCUGGCAGCAGCGGAAGAAUACGUCAGUCCUCUUCCCAGGCUUCUGUGGGUACACAGUUUUUUCCAAGGGCCCAACCCCCUUUUGUUCCCCAGUCUGACUUAAAUCCUCAGGGAUAUGAUGAGGGCUAUGGGUACCAGAGAGCAGGAGGUGGGGGAGGAGGCUAUUUUGCGCAAUCAUGGGCUGGUGGAUAUGAGGACUUUUGGGAGGAGCCCUCACCACCUUUUGCACAACCCCCUUAUUUUGGGAUCCCCCCUAACCUACCACCACAACAAGCUCCUCAAGCCCAUCCAGUGCUGCCCCAGGAUGGACUGGAUCGGCGCUUUGCCCAUAGUUUGUUCCGUGGUGAAGACCCCCCAGUCCCAGCUAGUGACCCUGUCCGCCCUGGCUAUGGUGGUGGGGGUGAUGCUGGGUACCCCCCUUUUGGAGGGGUGAGAGAGGGAGAUGGAGGAUAUUAUGUGGCAACUAGACCAGAACCAGUCCAGCCCCCAGCCAGAGUACCUAGUGUCCCUGCUACAGGAGGCCAAGCCCAGGUUGAACAACAAGGCAGAGCCACCGUGGGGAGCGUAUUCCGAGGCAACCAGAAUGGAAGAGGUCUUCCUGAUUUGGUACCUGAUCCUAGUUAUGUCCAAGCUGCUACAUAUAUUCAACGAGCUCAUCUGUAUUCUCUGAAGUGUGCGGCCGAAGAGCACUGUCUCUCCAGCUCUGCAUACUCGGCUGAAGCCACAGAUUAUGAUGUUCGAGUUCUUCUACGUUUCCCACAAAGAGUGAAAAAUCAGGGUACUGCUGACUUUCUGCCUACUCGCCCACGCCAGUCAUGGGAAUGGCACAGCUGCCACCAGCACUAUCACAGCAUGGAUGAGUUCAGUCAUUAUGACUUGCUGGAUGCUACCACAGGCAGAAAAGUUGCAGAGGGACAUAAGGCCAGCUUCUGUUUAGAGGACACUACUUGUGACUUUGGAAACUUAAAGAGAUAUGCAUGCACUUCACACACUCAGGGUCUGAGUCCGGGAUGCUACGAUACUUACAAUGCAGAUAUAGACUGUCAGUGGAUUGAUAUCACAGAGGUGAAGCCAGGAAACUAUAUACUUAAGGUUGUAGUGAAUCCAAAGUAUAAGGUUUUGGAGUCGGACUUCACCAAUAAUGUGGUGCGCUGUAACAUCCACUACACUGGACGUUAUGCAUCUGCUACAAACUGCCGCAUUACACAGUUUUGAGCCUUUCAAGACUUUCAAGGACAACUGUACCUAUUGAAGAUUAAGGUUUCUGCGCCCUGAACAAGUCUGUUUCUUUUUCCCUCCUUACUCACACUGGGAUUUGUGUAAAAGGAUUUUAUUUUUUCAAAUAAAAUCUAUUUUCUAAUUUUCAUACAGAUUCAUGAAUCAGAUUUGACAACUAGGGAGGGUAAAACAGGGCAUUAACAAAGUCUUAAAAUAAAAACUUUCAUUAUUUUCAAAA